GACGCAGAGACAGGCCUAUGAAUGAAUGACACCCGUGGAUUUUGCCUGGCUGUGGAUGGUGUGUGAGGACGGCCAGGUUGUUGUGGCAGGUCUUUAUUCUCAGACCCCUCCUGUCCCAUUCAGGGCUGACUUGGGCUUGUGGUGCUAACUGGCUGUUAAUUGCCUGCCUAUACACAAGGCUUUCUCCCCAUGCAGAAACCAGCUCCUUCAAGGGAAACUACCCUAAUGAGAUUAUCUAUCAGAGCAUAGGUCUGUCUAGACACCCCAAUACACAACACCCCCACACCCACUGUUGCUUGCAGAAGCUUCUGAACAUGCCCUCAGGUAAAAGUUACCUGCAGAAAGGGUGCGUGUUAUCACUACACCAUUAUGGGUUUACACCCACUGCGUAAUUUCUAUUAUGGAGAAAGCUGAGAAUGUGGAAAAGUGUAAAGGUGAUUGAAUAUUUAAAGACAGACAUGGUAUUAUCUUUUAUUUUUAUUUUUUUCAGAACAAUGUAUUGGCUACAGGCAAUAACUUGUGUUAAAAUAAGGUUUAUACUUGAACAUACUGCUAUUUCAAAGACGUUUUUCCUAGUGAUUAUCUCAUUUAAAUGUUCAGCCAAUUCUAUUUCCCUCAGUUCUCUUAAAUGUGUUAUAUUGUGUAUUUACCCGUUGCACAAACACACUAAAUGCCAUUUUGGUGUGUGGUUGUGUGUGUGUGAAUGAUAUUUACACAGAUUCUGGUGCCGCUGAGCCCCGAUCUGCAGCAGGGAAGUGCGUCCAUAUUUGUUUUAAAGUCUCUUAGCAGUUAAUAAAGAUGCAUUUCCUCCGUUCCCUCUUCCUGUGGGGACGGUAUCAAGGCUCUGUUAAGUCUCUUUGAUUUCCAGUACCCUCCAAUCACAGCGGGGCUCUGACUCAUCAUUGUGCCACUUCAAAGCCUGGGAAUGACUCUCUUGACCCCACCCACCCCGGGGCUACCCUUAAAAGUCAUGGUCAUCCUCUUCCAGAAGGAGUAAUCUCUAAAUAUCUGCUGAAACAAGACUGACCAACCUUCUGACUCCCUGAGCUGCUGGAUUUCUCUUUUUAACACAUGAGGCAGGAGAUUAUAUCUGAACACACCUUUGGAUAUCUCGGAUACUUGGAUUUCUUUUUGGCCCUCAGUGAAGGAACCUUUUUCAAGCUUCUCCUGUGCUUAACCUGAAAAAUGCAGUCCAUCAGAGACAUGAAGCCCAACUAUGGCCCUCCUCCCCCCUCCAUGGCUGCUGGUCCCGAUGCCUAUAUGCAGAGCAACAUCAGGAUGACUCUGGAGGACCCUGAACUGUGGAAAAACUUCCAUGAUUUAGGAACAGAGAUGAUUAUCACUAAACCUGGCAGGAGGAUGUUUCCACACUGUAAAAUUAAUCUAGCCGGCCUUGUUCCAUGUGCCAAGUACAUCCUACUGGUUGAUAUGGUUCCUGUGGAUGGUUUCAGAUAUAAGUGGAAUAAAGAGAAAUGGGAGGUGGCAGGGAAAGCGGAACCCCAGCCGCCCUGCAGGACGUACCUCCACCCUGACUCUCCAGCCCCGGGGAGCCACUGGAUGAAGCAAUCUGUCUCCUUCCUCAAACUCAAGCUCACCAACAAUACACUCGACCAGCACGGCCAUAUCAUUUUACACUCCAUGCAUCGCUACCACCCGCGCUUCCACAUCGUCCAGGCAGACGACCUGUUCAGCGUGCGCUGGAGUGUCUUCCAGACCUUCACCUUCCCUGAGACUUCCUUCACAGCGGUUACAGCGUACCAGAACACCUCGAUCACAAAGCUGAAGAUCGAUCACAACCCAUUUGCGAAAGGUUUCCGGGAUGAAGGCACUAAUAAAAAAAGGCGUUCAAACAAAAGCCCAGCCUGUGUGGAGAAACGAGCCAAGAUGUCCGACAUGUUGAACAGAGACUCUGACGAGGACAGUCCACCAGAUUUCAGCCGGUCAUCGUAUGAGGCUUAUGACGGAGAAGAAGGACACGUGCCCAAACGGAAAGAGGCUGAAGGCAUCAAACGGGAGCGUUACUCCCCGUGGGCCACAGAGCGGGAGCACAGUGUGAGGACUGAAUCUCCCGCCGGGGCCGACCACAGAGACGUGUACAACACAGAGCAGCUGGUUCCUGCUCCUGCGUCCUACCAGCCCCAAAGGGUCCAUGAGUUUGGAAAGCCCCCCUCUCCAUCCUCCAGCGUGGGCAGCAGCAACAGCGGAUCAGGAAGCAGCAGCUUUGAGUCCAGAGUCCCCGAUGUCGCCACCGUGCCUGAACAAGACGCCUCAAAACUCCGAACGCUUGAAGUGGGCCCUCAGCCCUGCGGCCCCCAGCACCUCCCGGCCCCCCAGGACUACAACGGGGUCCUCAACAUGUCCAUGAGCCACCAGGCGGGGAAACCAGGGGUGAUCGGCCACCAUCUCUACAGCCCGUACGGCGCCGAGCAGCCCCUGGGCCAGUGGAGCAACCCUGGUCCCACACAGUACCCCCCUCCUCACCAUCUCACCGCCGACUACACAACACCCGCUGUGCACCACGGAUAUCACCAUAGCAACGUGGCUGAGUGGAGCCAGUACCCUCUGUUCUCUUACUCGUGCUGGUGAAGGAUCCCCAGUGAUAAGUGACUGAUACCGGUGCUGAUCCGGGGGGGGUGCAAGAGGCCAAGACGCUGUUAAAAAAAGAACUGAUAUGAGAGAAGAGGAAGACGCUGGAGGAGAGCGGCCUGACAUCUGUACAGACCGACUGACUGAAACCAAAGUGUGCUACGCCAUGCUGUUUGAUUGUUUAAUUGUUGAAUUGUCUAUUUAUUUUCUAUUUCAUCUCAUUUCCAAGUUUAAAUAUUAUUUUUGUAAAAGAAGGAAUAAAACGAGUGUGCAAUUU